AUGGCGCCGCAGCGCGCGCAUGCGCACAGCAGGCCGGCAUCCCCCUCCCUCCCGCCUGCCCGUCACGUGCCCGCGCCGAGCGCAGGGCCCGGUGACCGGCCCGGCCCGGCCCGCGCAGCACCGCGCGCGCGGGGAAGCUUCUCGAACGGGCGCGCUCGCGCAUCGCUCGCGCACCGGCGGCCGUCGAAAGCCCCGGUCGCGCGGCUCCGCCUCCCUCCGCGCAGGGAGUGCGCGCGAGGCCCGCGGCGCACGGCGCCCCCCGGCGGGUCGAGCGGGGCGGCGCCGCCCCGCCAUCCCCGUGCCCAGGGCAGCGGCCACCUCCUCCGGGAAAGGAGCACCGCUCCCUGCGCCGUCAACGCGCACCGCGCCUCUCCACACUUGGCAGCGCUGCCGCCGGCAGGAACCGGCCACCUCCCGCGGAAACCCUCAGCUGAGGAAGCAACGCAGUCAGCGCUAUUUCCAUCGUCUGAGCAAGUUCUCGCUGACCGGCCAAAGCGCGGCUCAGACUGUGACCACGGCAGCUGCGGUGCCUGUGGGAGGGCAGACACAGACCCGUCACACCGCGCCCCGAGCCGGGCCCUGGGCGGUGUUACCGAGGCGCUGACAAACGGAGAGCCCGGGCUCAGCCCAGCCCAGGCACGGCCUCGACAGAGCUCCUGGGCCGCGCAGCUGCCGCCCCAUGCCCAGCCUGGCAGGCCUUCACAGACACCAAGGGAAUUAAUUACAUGUUAUAAACCAGGCACUUCUGACAAUAAGCCCACUAAAACACAAUUCUGA